GUCACCUCGGCUUUGCCAGAACAAGCUAAUGCCUUGCGAGGCUCUAUCAGUGACCACUGACAGUUACCAGUAACGAAGUGUUCGGCUUGAUAAAUGUCGCCGCGGCACUUCAAGACCCCUCUGGUAGGUUAUCAUUGACACUAGAGGACAAUUUGACCUCAUGAGAACGCAAAUAUCUACCAUGGAAGACCCUAUUGUUGUUGUGGGAUUCUCCCUGAAGUUUCCUCAGGAUGCGGACUCUAGCGAAGGCUUCUGGAAUAUGCUCCAUGAAGGGCGCUGUGCUAUGACUGAAUUCCCCGCAGAUCGAUUCAAUAUCGAUGCUUUUGAGGGGCCCAAAAGUGCGACCAAUGGAACUAUGCCACUUCGCGGUGGCCACUUUCUCAAAGAGGACCUGGGCGUUUUCGAUGCGCCGUUCUUCAACGUGACGCCGGCGGAGGCAGAGGCGAUGGACCCCCAGCAGCGCCUGUUGCUGGAAACUUCGUAUCGGGCCUUGGAGAAUGCCGGCGUCACUAUCGGUCAAUGCGCGGGGAGCAAGACCUCGGUCUAUACGGCUACCUUCACAGAUGACUACAAGAGCGUUCUGAUGGACGCGCCGGAUAACAUCCCCAAGUACGCGGCGACAGGGCUAUCGGGGUCUAUGCUGGCCAACCGCAUCAGUUGGUUCUACGACUUCCGCGGGCCCAGCAUGAACCUCGACUCCGCUUGCUCGAGCAGUCUGAGUGCUCUACAUAUCGCGUGUCAAGACCUGCACGCAGGGACGUCCACAAUGGCACUCGUGGGCGGCUGCAAUCUAGUUUUCCACCCCGACUUCAUGCUGAUCAUGUCCAAUAUGGGGUUCCUGUCGACCGACAGCAGAUGCCAGAGUUUUGAUCACAAGGCCAAUGGCUACGCGCGCGGAGAUGGCAUCGGGGUGGUGGUGAUCAAAAAGCUGUCGCAAGCCCUGGCCGACGGCGAUACAAUCCGCGCCGUCAUUCGCGCGACGGGGUUGAACCAAGAUGGGCGGACCCCCGGCGGAAUCACACAGCCCAGCGGGGACGCCCAGCGGGCAUUGAUCGAAGAGACCUUUGCCAAGGCCUUAUUGGAUAUGCAACCUGUCCGCUUCUUUGAGGCCCAUGGGACGGGGACCGCCAUCGGUGACCCAACCGAAUCUCAUGCGAUCGGGCUAUCCUUCCUGGAAUACCGGUCAGCCGAGGACCCCUUGUUCAUUGGCGCAGUGAAGUCGAAUAUCGGGCAUCUGGAGGGGGGAAGUGGCAUUGCGGGCCUCAUCAAGACCAUCAUGAUUCUCGAGCGGGGCGUCAUCCUCCCAAACUCGGGUCUGGAGCGCAUCAACCCUAAGAUCGAUACCCAGGGGCUUCAUAUCCAGUUCCCGACUGCGCCCAUUCCAUGGCCAAGCACUGGCUUGCGACGGGCCUGUGUGAAUUCGUUUGGAUUUGGCGGAUCCAACGCGGUCGUUGUUCUCGACGAUGCAUUGAAUUACCUUGCACAAAAUGGCCUCCGCGGCCAUCACCGGACUGCAGACCUGACCACAGACCCAACAAAGAUGCUGUCCAGAGGUACAAAAGAGGCAUCCCCCCCUCAACUGUUGGUCUGGUCUGCUGCCGAUGAGAAGAGCCUUAGGAGUAUGCUCGGCGCAUACGAGCAGUUCUUUGCAGAUCAGUCUAGUCACCUGCAAAGCCCAGAUACAUUUGUAGACCUGGUGCAUACUCUGACAUCGAGAAGAACUCGCCACAAUUGGAGAUCAUCCGUGGUAACCACCAAGGAGGAAAACCUGCGUUCACUACAGGAAUCCAGUUCUAAGCCCGUUCGUGCAACUGUCACGCCGGGCUCCAUCGCAUAUAUUUUCACUGGGCAAGGCGCACAAUAUGCCCGGAUGGGACAUGGCUUGCUAGCCAUUCCCUUUUUCCGGAACCGGGUUGAGCAACUGGACAAGAUCUUGGGAGAGCUGCAGUGCGGAUGGUCGUUACUAGAGCUCAUUCAGGAUCCCGACGCCCGGGUGGACGAGCCCGAGUAUAGUCAAACAUACUCGACAGCGCUCCAGAUUGCUGUGGUCGAUUUCUUCAUGCACGUCGGUGUCGUCCCUUCAGCGGUGGUAGGCCAUUCUUCUGGCGAGAUCGCAGCGGCGUACUGCGGAGGGGCCAUCAGCGAUCGCACUGCCUUGCGGAUAGCUUUUCACCGCGGCCGAUUAGCACAGCGCCUGCCGCAUUUGCAUGCUGUCCCACAGGGCAUGUUGGCCGCCGCCGUCAGUGUGGAACAGGUUCAGCCGUACAUGAGUCAGCUGGGACAGGUAGUCGACGAGCAACGUGUACAGAUCGGCUGUGUCAAUAGCCCGACAAGCAUCACCUUAACCGGAGACAAAGACCAACUGGAGUGGUUGCGGUCAUGUCUCGAAAAGGACGGCCACUUCACUCGGAUGCUGCGUGUCAAUGUAGCGUACCACUCCACGUUUAUGGAGUCCAUCAAGGAAGAUUAUCUGAUUGCGCUGCAAGGCAUGGAUGGCGAUCCGGUCGGGGAACCGCUCGUCCCCAUGAUCUCGACAGUCACGGGCCAGGUCAUUCCCCCUCGCAUGCUGCGCGAUCCGGCCUACUGGAUCAGCAAUAUGGUCUCCCAGGUCAGGUUUGCCUCCGGGAUAGCACUGCUGGCUGUACUCUCCGGCCGCGCUCCUCGGAAGCACCUUGGCUCCAAGUUCCAGUCUCUCUCCGGCAUCAGGACUUUGCUAGAGAUCGGCCCGCAUUCGACACUCCAGGGCCCCUUGCGGGACAUAGUUCAAGAGCUGGAUGUGCAGAGUCAAUUCACUUAUGACCAUGCCUUGAACCGAAAGCAAGACGCCGGGCAGAGUGUUCUUCAAUGUAUCGGUCGCCUCUGGAGUCGGGGCCACUCCAUUGAUUUGCGCAGGGCGAAUGGCCUCUGCGAUCAGUCGCCGGCGUUAAGAACUGACCUGCCGGAAUAUCCAUUCAACCACACCCAAAGGCACUGGUUCGAGGAUAGGUUGAGCUCAGCUUUCAGAUUCCGCACGCAUGGUCCCCACGAACUCCUUGGGAUUCUGACUGUCGACUCGAACCCAUACGAAGCGCGGUGGCGCAACAUCCUCCGUCUGGAUGACCUCCCGUGGCUGGCGGAUCAUCAGAUCAGCGAUAGCAUUUUAUUCCCUGCGGCAGGGAUGCUAGCCAUGGUCAUCGAGGCUGCACAACAGCUUGUAUCACCCCAACAGGACAAGAAGACAUCUGGCUUCGAGCUCCGCGAGAUCCGAUUCCUCAACGCGCUACAAGUGCCAGAUAGUGUCCAGGGGAUUGAGACGCAGGUUACCUUGUCGCACGCGGGUCACCGGGGUGGAAUCCACGCAGCGACAUGGUACGCGUUCAAGGUCUUUACAUUUACUUCCCGACGGGAGUGCGUUGAACAUGCUCAUGGGACUAUAAGAGUGGACAUGGCUCGCCUGGAUCAGCCGGACCCUACCACCGCGACUCUGGCCUACCACCAGCAGGCCGUGCAUCAGGCUCGACAGGGCUGUGAGACCGCGCUAGAUUCCACGGUGCUGUACAGCAUCAUCCGGGAGAAUGGCGUGAAUUAUGGACCGAAGUUCCAAACUCUGGAGAAUCUGCGCAUUGAUCGCCGCGGAGGCGCCGUGGCGGACAUCCACCCGUGCUCCAAGGAGUCGGACUUUCCCCGGCAGAGUACAUAUGUCAUGCAUCCGGCGACGAUGGACGGGCUGCUGCAGCUGGUGUUCCCGGCCCUCAAUGAGGGCGGCAGUCGCCCGUUGCCCGCGAUGGUUCCGUCGUACGUGAAGAGGCUGGCCAUUGCUGCUGCCCACCCCGGGCAAUCCGAUGCCGCCGUGGACCAACCCCUGGUGGCUACGACGCGGUCAUCAAUGCAUGGCUCUAACGGCACCCAGUCCGACGUGGUCGCCCUGUCCAAGCUCGAUGGGCAAGUCAUCUGCGCGAUCGAUGGUUAUGAGACCAAGUUUGUGGCCUCGGUCAACGACGAGUCGGUGGCGGAGCGAGCUGCGCGACCGCUCCACAGCCAGGUCGUGUGGCUACCGGACCUGGAUCUAAUGACCAACGAGCAAAUCCGCCGAUUCUGCACGCAGGCCCUACCGCAGGACGGCGGGGAUCGGCUAAAGCUCAUUUCUAAACGCUUGGCCCGAUUUACGUCGCUCCUGACGCAUAAGAACCCGCUCCUCAGGGUCCUCCACAUCGGUGGCAGCACGGCAGAUCUCGCUAGCUUCACAGAAACCCUCUCCUCCAGCAGCGAGCGCUGUCCUUGGUUUCAAUACGACUACAUCAAGCACUCCCAGGAAGAGCUCGCGCAUGUAGAAGCCCACUGUGAACGCCUGGGACAGAAUGUUCGUCUGAAGUCUCUGCAGCUGGACCAAGAUCCCACCACACAGGGAUUUGAGCCUUCUUUCUAUGACCUCGUGGUUAUUUCUCAGCCACUGACCCCGGAGCAAGACAUGCUCAAAUCGCUAAACAAUAUCAGAGGAUUAGUCAAGCCGGACGGCCGGCUCAUCCUCAUGGGAGUUCACAUCACGCCACCAGAGGCGACCAGCCUCGUCUUGACUCAUCCCGCCGAAGCCAUGCCAUGCCUUUCUCCCCACAACGCGACGAGCUCGUCCUGUUCCGAGGAGCAACUGUCGGAAAUUCUGGCACGGAGCCAGUUCACGGGCAUUGAGGUUCAUCUCCCGGAAAAUUCUCCUUCGCAUCCCAGAGAGAGCGGUAUCGUGAUCAGCAGACCAAGAACGAAGGCUGUAGAGGCGAAGGCACUCGAGAUGCCGCCCGUUCUGAUCCUCACGGACGGGAAGAAUGAGGCACAAGCCAAGUUUGCAGAGCAGCUCCGAAGACAGAUCCAGAGCAAUGUUGCGGAUCUCGAGGUGUCGAUCGCCCCCUUCCUAGAGGCAGUGACUGAGAAGCAGCCGCAGGGGCGCAUCUGCAUCUCUCUGCUCGAAUACCAUCGGCCGUUUCUGGCCACCCUGACCGAGGCGGAGUUCAACGCCCUGAAGGAGAUGCUGACCCUGACCAACGACGUGAUCUGGUUGGUGCGAGACGCGCAAACCCCGCGGAAACCCGAGUUCCAUCUGGUCGAUGGCUUUGCCCGGUCCUUGCGGUCCGAGAACGGGCAGCUCAAAUUUGUGAAACUGGCUUUAACCGACUCGGACCGAACGCACGCCGUCGGCGGUCCGGCCACGGUGGUCACCGUGCUACAGCACGCGGUGCGCUCUUCGUUGGACGACAUGGAGUUCGAGUACGAAGAGCGCAACGGGCUGCUCGAGAUCAGUCGCGUCGUGCAGUCCAGAAGGCUGGACGCCUCGAUCAGCAGGUCCACCGCAUCCCACCAUGUGGAAACCAUCGAACUCGGCCGUGAAGGUCCGUGCCUGCAAGCCAAGCUCACGAAGCCCGGGUUUCCGGACAGCAUGCGGUUCGAGGAGGUGGAAGAGAUGUCUUCGUAUCGGCCGCGCGAUCUGGGCGAGUCGGAGAUCCUCGUGCACGUGCACGCGGUAGGCGUCAGCCACGGAGACUAUCUCAUCGCCUCGGGGCAGGCCCCGGAUGACGAGACCGGGAUGUUCUCCGAGGGUGCCGGGGAGGUCCUGCAGGCGGGCUGGCGCAGUGGGUUCCAGGCCGGCGACCGCGUCCUGCUUCGGUAUCCCGCCUGCUGCCGCACGUUCCUGCGCCUGCCGGCGGCCUUUGCGGCUCCCCUACCGCCGCAAAUCUCCUUCGUGGAGGCGGCCGCACUCCCGACGGCGGGAUUGCUGGCCCUCUACGCGCUGCGGAUUCUGGGACGCAUCUCGCCGGAUGACUCCGUCCUGGUCCGCCAUGCAGCCAACGGUGUCGGGCAGGUGGCUGUCCAGCUUGCCCAGCUCAUGGGGGCCAAGGUCAUCGUCACGGAGGAUAGCCAGGAGAAGCGAGAGAUGUUGCGAGCAAAGUACAGCCUUUCCGCGGAUCUGGUCCUUCCCGAGCAGGAGGGUGGCGGCCUCGAGAUAGUCCAUGGGAUCCGCCAGGCUACGCCGGAAGGAUAUGUGGAUCUCGUCUUGAACUUCGACAGCAAGGAGUUGGAAGGGUCGUUGAAUGCGUUGGCCCCGUGUGGGACGCUUAUAAACCUGAGCCUGUCCAGAGAUUUGCCGCCUGACCAUCACCGUCUCGUGCGAGACGCUGCGGCCAGAUGUAUCACCCUUGCUACCGUGGACUUGUCCCAACUCCAUCGCCAGAAACCCACGGUUGUCCAGAAGCUUCUUCGGCAACUGUCGCAGCUUAUGCUGGAUGGGUCAGUGGUACCGGUGACGCCGCUGAGAGUCCUCGCGGCAUCAGAUGUUUCCAAAGCCCUCCAAAUCGUGCAGAGAGGUCAGACCGCCGGUAAGGUCGUGCUGGAUCUGGGUCCGGGGCAGUCCGUAUCGGCUCGUAUGCGCAACAAAUCAACGUAUCAGUUCAACCAGGACGCGACAUAUGUGAUUGCAGGCGGCUUUGGAGGGCUGGGCCGCAGCAUAUGUCGAUGGAUGGCGAGUCGAGGGGUGCGAAAUCUCCUCGUUCUGUCGCGGUCCGGGGCGCGGUCCGAGCCGGCGCGCCAACUGGUUCAAGAGCUCAGUGCGCUCGGGGUCAAAGUGGUAGCGCCGCCAUGCGAUAUCAUCCAGCCGGCUUCACUCGCCGAGGUGUUGAAGGAGCAUGCCUCUACGUUACCCCCAAUCCGAGGAUGCUUCCAGUGCACAAUGGUCCUGAGAGACGCCGUGUUCACCAACAUGACCUACGAGGACUUCAUCGUCAGCACGCGACCCAAGGUCUUCGGCUCAUGGAACCUGCACUCCCUCCUCCCGAAGGGGAUGGACUUCUUCGUGCUCCUCUCGUCGAUCGGCGGGGUGCUCGGCGCCCCCAGCCAAGCUAACUACUGCGCCGGCAACACCUACAAAGACGCGCUGGCGCGGUACCGGGUGCAGCUCGGAGAGCCGGCCGCCGCCAUCGACCUGGGCAUGAUGGUCGGCGAGGGAGUCGUGGCCGAGACGGCCGGAAUGCUGGACUCGCUGCGCCGCCUAGGCUACUUCAUGGAGGUCAGCCCGGCCGACCUGCACGCGCUGCUGACCCACUACUGCGGGGCGCCGUGCCCGUCCCCCGCUUCCCCGGCCGAGGCGCAGGUCGUGGUGGGGAUCGAAUGUCCCGCCGCGAUGGAGGCCAAGGGCUUCGACCCGCCCUACUGGAUGCACCGCCCAUAUUUCCGGGCCCUCCACCUCGUCGAAUCCCACCUGCCGACCACCACCGGACCCACCACCCGAGGCUCCGGGCCCGCCGCCGCCGCCGGAGGCGCAGCGGGGAGGGCCGGGGCGGAUGCCGCGGCCGUGCUGCGCGCGAGCCCGUCCGUCGCGGCGGCUGCGGCGCAGAUCGUGCAGUGGGUCGUGGCCAAGCUGGCGCAGAUCCUGGGACUCCCCGCGGAGGAGAUCGCCGUGGACCGACCGGUGCAUGCGAACGGCAUCAACUCGUUGGUAGCGGUCGAGCUGCGCAAUUGGUUCGGGAAGCGCAUCGGCGCGGAUGUCGCGGUCUUUGAGAUCCUAGGCAACAUGACUCUGGCGGAGCUGAGUAAGUCGGCGGCCGAGAAGACUCGCUUUCGGGAUUGAUAAUAUCCAGCCAGAUGGUCUGCCUCUCUCCACGCCGAGAGAUAUUGCAGUUCCUGGAUCAGGGGAUCUUGCUGGCUGGAGACUGAGCAACAACACUCACUUUGGCAUGAACAAGAGCGCCCGUUGGGUUGCCGUACACUGUGCUGGAGGGAAUAAUCGAGAUUGACAAGAGAAUCCUUUGGACAAUGUAUACAUCAUACCUAGGAACCCGUUCUGGUGGUUUGCCCUUAGCCCCCUCCCCUCCAGCCGACUAUCGCGCAGCUUCCCGAGUGGAAAUAUAGAAAUCCGCCAAAAUGAUUCUGAUCCUGCUGUCUAUGAAUCUGCUGGGAUCUCUUUCAGGCCCACCCUGUGUAGCUAGCUAGCCAUCUAGGUACCUGUUCGGGAGAC